CUUGGACUUGCCCAACUUUGAACCAAUGCUGAGCGCUAACUGGAGACGACUUCUGUGGCUGCCGCUGCUGCUGCUGCUGCUCAGUAGUCGAACGUUGGGCGAUAGCUCCGCAUUGAGCAGCGCCAAUGAGCGCUGGGGCUUGCGCUUGGCCAGCAGCUUGGGCUUGGAGCAGGCGCAGAGCAAUGUGGCAGUGUCGCCGCUGCUGUUGCAAGCAGCUUUGACUUUGUUGUAUGCUGGUGUGGCAAGCAACUCGGCGACGCAGCAGCAGCUGCGUGUGGCACUUGAAUUACAGCAGCUUGGCAGCAGCCCCGCCGCGGCUGUGCAACAUUUUGUGGCACUCUUGACUGAGCUGAAGCAAACUGCAGCCAUCGGCUGCCAGCUGCGACUGCUGAGCGCGUUUUACACGCAACAACGUUACACGUUUAAUUUUCGCGACGAGUUCGAGCGGCAGGCGGCAGCGCUGAGCAUUGGCGUGCAACGUCUCGACUUUGACGACCUGCCACAUGUGGCACAAAGCAUUAACUAUGAGUUUCUCAAGCGCAGCAAUUACAGCGUGGGCGCGGCCGUUAGCGCCGCCGAUGCCGACGCCGCCUCCGACACGCCCUUUCUACACGUCUCGGCGCUAACGUUCCACGCGCCCUGGCUCACAGGCUUCGAUCCGCAGCAGACGCAGCGCCUGAACUUCUUCAACUCCGCGCAGAGCCACAAGCUCGUCGACGCCAUGUUCGUGCAACAUCGCUUCAGAUACGCUGAGCUGGCAGCCUUUGAUGCUUGCCUCAUUGAGUUGCCCUUUGCUGUGGCAGAGCUCAGCAUGCUAAUCAUUUAUCCCAAUCGCUUGGACGGGCUUCCCGACCUGGAGCGCAAGCUGCAGAGCUCAGAGUUUGAGCUGUGGCAGCUUCGGCAGCAGCUGAGCGAACGCAAAUUGUCGCUCACUCUGCCCAAGUUCAAUCUCUUAGCUCACACUGAGCUCAGGCACACGCUGGAGCAGUUGGGUCUAUCGAAACUCUUUAGUAGCGAAGCGCAGCUGCAUAAAGUGUUUAGUUCGCUGCUCGCUAGUUCGGCGCCACAUUUGACGGCCGUGGCACAUACGGCGCUGCUGGAGUUGCAUGAGGCAGGCGGAACGGCGGAUCAGUCCUUCUUUGCCUCCUUUGCGGAUUUGUUUCGCAGCACUCAAUCGCUGGUGAUCAAUCAUCCGUUUUUUUAUGCCAUCGGCAACGACAAGGCGCUGCUGCUGGCAGGCCAUGUGGUCGAUAUAUAAACUAUAUAAAUAUAUAUAAUAUA